UCGAAAUUUGAAAACGUGGCUGCGAGGCGUCUAGUGCAUAACAUGUAAGCGCUCUGAGGCCGCGGCGACGGGCGCAUGCUGAGUUUCGGGACACAACCAACUGAACGACUCCGAAGACGGACCACUCCAUCGCGUUCGCGUGAUAUUGCGCUGGUUUACUGCUGAGCAGGUGGCAGUGGGGGCAGCCAACAAGAAGAACAUGCAGUUCACCCCGGAAUCCCACAUCUUCCCUGGCGGCUGCAAAGACAGACACCGUCCUGAUGGGUCAGACAGUGGCUACUCGGGUUUUUUCCAAAGUCCUCAGAGUGAAGUCGAUUCCUGCCGGUCGGCUUCCUCUUUAAUAGACUUUCAUGACACGCCUAAAGAAAACGUCAGGCUGACUUUUUCACCCAAAGAGCGUGCCACACGCUUGACUAGGUUUUUAGAUGGAGACUGUCUAUCUGUGCAGCAACCACAGGCCCUCAGCUGGUGUGAGACUCCUAAAGUUCACAAAAGAGAAUCCUCCGUUAGACAGAGGCUUCUACUAGGCAAACCAAGCACUGACACCACAAAGACUUGUGAAACAGGACCAUCUUACACCAAACGGGCAGAAUCUGUCAGCAAUGCCACGUCGGAUCACUGUCGCAGCGCUCCGUUUGAUUCUCUCAGCGCUGCUUUGCCACUUAGCACCUUAAAGUUAGACCAGGACCCCCAACUCUCUGGUAGGAAGCGUCGACUUCUCUUCUCCCAGAUGCGGACCUCCACCCUCGAGGAUGGCACCUUUCACUCCUGCCACCUCUCCAGAGUAGACCAGCAAGAUCCAUCGUCAGAUGGAUGUUCAGGCACAUGUGAUCAACUUAAUAUAGCAAGUCCACAUUUGAACAAAUUUCUACCGUCCAAGGAGAAUUCUCUGUCACCAAUCAGUUGCUUGACAAAUGACCUCUAUGAUUUCUCAAGUGUCUUGAGCACGCCAUCUUCCAUGCAUACACCCAAAUACUCCAGGUCUGUGUGUGGUGACAGUGGCUUUAGCUUCCUGGGUCUGGAUAAAUCCCAGGACUCCUCUGUUGAUCACGACGGCUCCUUCCAAGAGCUUUUGCACUCUGCCACCAAGGGAAAUGGCGCAACUCCAACUCUUUCCGAAUCCAAACGCCGCUCCCGUCUUCAGCGCCAACACAGGCUUUCCACGCUGAAAGAAGGAGGCUCUCAGUCCGAGGAAGACCCGUUGAACCUGAAGGGUCACAGCCAUGAGCAAGACGACGUCUUUGCUGCAAACGUCAGCCCCAGCCACAUUCUGACCGCUGAUAAAUUGGGAACAGGGAAACCCAAUUUCAUGACGCCGCUGAGGAUGACCGCCACCAAGUCAGACACCACUCCUGCUAAAUCAGAUGCAGCUCGUCACAAAUCGACAGAAGUGGAUCUGUCACUCACCCCUGCUCUGCAGCUGGUGCAUGCCAUGUGUCAACAGAGGGCCCAGAUGUUUGUAGGCCAGAGCCCCAGCCUGAGAGAGCAGCUGAAGUCCACAGCAGCACUUGCAGAAACCCCUGUACCAUUCAAGACAACUAUGCCCUUGGCGGGACUGAUUGGGAGAAAAAUGGGUGUGGGAAAAGUGGACGUUCUCUCAGAGCUGAAGAAGAGAAAUCUUGGGCAUGUUCUGUCUACAAUAUUCAGCCACCUCACAACUGAAAGCAUUUACAGGUGCAGCCAGGUGUGUAAAAGCUGGAAUGAAAUAAUCAAGCAGGACAAGCGUGCAAGCUUCAGGCGACGAAUCCACCUCAGUGAACUGGAGGAGGCUCUGGAGACUGGCGGUUCUGUGAACGUUGCGGAUGCUGAAACUCGAUUGACUCUUCUUAAAAGAUCUGCCCUCAAGACGGUCCAGAGCCAGUCCAAGAGCUCCAGCUUCUGCACUCCACAGUCGGGAUCUAGCACUUUAACACCCAUCACAUACAGCACUUUACAUUCAACAAGCAAACGGGACAAGUUCCUGGAGGUUGCUAAAACUCUCUUUCAUGACGAGAGUCUCAAGCCGUGCCCUCGGUGUCGGCACCCUGCCCGAUGUCACUCCAUCAAGAGGGAGGGGGUCUGCAGCAGUGCUGACUGUGGCUUCCAGUUUUGCACCGCCUGCUUGUGUGCGUUUCAUGGCUCCAGAGAAUGUGGCAGCCAUUCUGGACGGCGUCACAAGAAGGACAUUCUUCUUCCAGGAAGUGCACAGAGCAAGAGAAACAUUCGGAGACUAUGAGAAGACGAUAUCUCUCUACCUCUCAGACAUUUUUAGAUUGUUUGCUGCUGAAGCUGCAAACUGAUUGAGCCGAUGCAUGAAACCAACACAUGUACUUAAUGCCUUUCUGACUUUUCUACUGUUUUCAACGCAACUCUCUCUUGAGUUUUUAAAUUUGAACAUGACCAGCGACAGAAUCUGCUGUGAUUGUCGCUUCCAGCAUGGGAUGUAACUUAUUUCUUCUAUUCCAGUGGGAUGUUCCAUUUUAGCUGUGCUUUCUGUUU